CGCGGAGGGCCCGGCCCAGGGCUGGGCUUGGUUGUCAUGAGAGCGGCGGCUGCGGCCGGGGCGAUGGACAGAAGCGGCCGGGGCUGCUCCUCCCCUACCACCGCCGCGGCAGCUUGGGGUGCAAGCCAGCCUGGGGCGGCGGAGGGGGCGCCGCCUGAGUUCCGCCGGAGAGAUCGGCUGCUGCUAAGGUGGUCCGCGAGGACCGGGACCCGCCCGCCCCUGGGGCCCGGGCGCUGAGGCACGGCCUGGCCGCCUCCCCGGGCCGCUCCGCAGCUCCGACCCGGCCGCCCUCUCCGUCGGGGCCGCGGCUGCGCCAGUCGGGGCCGUCCGCUCUGAGCAGCCCAGGCGUGCAGAAUGCCCCACAAGAUCGGAUUUGUAGUCGUCAGCUCAUCUGGACACGAAGACGGCUUCAGUGCCCGGGAGCUCAUGAUCCACGCACCAACCGUCAGUGGGUGGCGGUCCCCGAGAUUUUGCCAAUUUCCACAAGAAAUUGUCCUGCAAAUGGUGGAGAGGUGUCGAAUAAGGAAACUCCAGUUACUUGCUCACCAGUAUAUGAUUUCAAGUAAAAUCGAGUUCUACAUUAGCGAAAACUUGCCUGAAUAUUUUGCACCAUAUCAAGCAGAGCGGUUUCGAAGACUUGGCUACGUCUCUCUCUGUGACAACGAAAAGACAGGUUGCAAGGCCCGGGAACUAAAGUCAGUUUAUGUGGAUGCAGUAGGACAGUUUCUUAAACUGAUUUUCCACCAAAACCAUGUCAACAAAUACAACAUAUAUAAUCAGGUUGCUUUGGUUGCCAUAAACAUCAUUGGAGACCCUGCAGAUUUCAGUGACGAAAGCAAUACUGCCUCUCGAGAGAAGUUGAUUGACCACUACCUUGGGCACAACAGCGAGGACCCUGCUCUAGAAGGAAGUUACGCCAGGAAAUCUGACUAUAUUUCUCCACUAGAUGACUUAGCUUUUGAUAUGUACCAAGAUCCAGAAGUUGCACAGAUUAUACGAAAACUAGAUGAAAGAAAACGGGAAGCUGUCCAAAAGGAACGCUAUGAUUAUGCCAAGAAACUAAAACAAGCUAUUGCUGAUUUGCAAAAGGUUGGUGAGCGUCUUGGGAGGUACGAGGUAGAGAAACGCUGUGCUGUGGAGAAGGAAGACUACGAUCUCGCCAAGGAGAAGAAACAGCAGAUGGAGCAGUAUCGCGCCGAGGUGUACGAGCAGCUGGAGCUCCAUAGCCUCCUGGAUGCUGAGCUGAUACGAAGACCUUUGGAUUUGCCCCUCCAGCCCCUCGCUCACUCUGGCAGUCCUCGCCACCAAAAGCCAGGGCCCUCACUACCACAACUGGAAGAAAAGGGAACAGAAAGCCAGUUUGCAGAACCUUUCCUUCAGGAAAAGCCUUCAUCAUAUUCUCUAACUAUUUCUCCUCAGCAUUCUGCAGUAGACCAGUUACUCCCUGCCACAGAUCCUCAUCCAAAAAUGAAUGCAGAGCCCCUGCCCUAUGACGAGCGGCCUCUUCCAGCCAUUCGGAAGCAUCAUGGUGAGGCGGUGGUGGAGCUGGAAAUGAGUGAUGCAAACAUCAGCAGUGCUCGGAGGGGAGGCAUGUCUGGGGAGCCAGAGCCCCUAACCGAGAAGGCCCUGAGAGAAGCCAGCUCUGCCAUUGAUGUCCUGGGAGAGACCUUGGUUGCUGGGGCCUAUUCCAAGACUUGGUCCUACCGAGAGGAUGCACUGCUUGCUUUGUAUAAGAAGUUGAUGGAAAUACCUGUUGGGACCCCAAAAGAAGAUUUGAAAAACACACUGAGAGCGUCCAUCUUUCUUGUUCGAAGAGCCAUAAAGGACAUUGUGACCUCCGUCUUUCAGGCUUCAUUGAAAUUGUUGAAAAUGAUCAUUACACAAUAUAUACCCAAACAUAAACUGAUUAAACUCGAAACAGCUCACUGUGUGGAAAGGACCAUUCCCGUUUUGCUCACCAGAACUGGAGAUUCUUCUGCCCGUGUCCGUGUCACAGCUGCAAAUUUUAUUCAGGAAAUGGCUUUGUUUAAAGAAGUUAAGUCUCUCCAAAUUAUUCCCUCCUACCUGGUGCAGCCAUUGAAAGCAAACUCCUCGGUUCAUUUGGCGAUGAGUCAGAUGGACCUCCUGGCCCGGCUGCUGAAAGACCUGGGCACCGGGAGCUCAGGCUUCACCGUCGACAACGUGAUGAAGUUUUCAGUGAGUGCCCUGGAGCAUAGAGUGUAUGAGGUCCGAGAGACAGCGGUUAGAAUUAUUUUGGACAUGUACAGACAGCACCAGGCUUCUGCCCUGGCGUAUCUUCCUCCAGACGACAGCAACACGCGCAAGAACAUUCUCUACAAAACAAUUUUUGACGGAUUUGCUAAAAUAGAUGGCCGACCUACAGAGGCUGAGAUGAAGGCACAGAGAAAAGCAGCUACAGAAGAAGCAGAAAAGCAAAAGAAAGAAGAAAUAAAAGCUUUACAAGGGCAGCUGGCAGCGCUGAAGGAAAUUCAGGCUGAAGUUGAGGAAAAAGAAAGUGAUGCCGUGAAACCAAAGAAUCAGGACACUCAAGGAGUGAAAGCAGCCCCUGGCGAAGCUCUGGGAAUCCCAGAUGAGCACUAUCUAGAUAAUUUGUGUAUUUUUUGUGGGGAAAGGAGCGAAUCCUUCACAGAGGAAGGCCUGGAUCUCCACUAUUGGAAGCACUGUCUCAUGCUGACAAGAUGUGACCACUGCAAACAGGUGGUCGAGAUAUCCAGUCUGACGGAGCACUUGCUGACGGAAUGUGACAAAAAAGACGGGUUUGGAAAGUGUUUCCGUUGCAGCGAGGCGGUUUUGAAGGAAGAGCUGCCCAGACACAUAAAGAACAAGGGUUGCAACCCUGCCAAACCAGAGAAGCUGGCAAACCGGUGUCCUCUGUGCCAUGAGAACUUCACCCCUGGAGAAGAGGCAUGGAAAGCUCACCUGAUGGGCCCAGCCGGCUGCACCAUGAACCUGCGCAAGACACACGUUCUGCAGAAGGCCCCAGCACUGCAGCCAGGGAGAAGGUCAGCUGUGGCUGCAUCAGGCGUCUCGGGGUCAAAGGCCGGAAGCAAGAUCCCCACCCCAAAGGGCGGGCUGAGCAAGAGCUCCAGCAGGACGCAUGCCAGGCGCUGACGCGGCACUCCGGCUCCUUUGUAAGGGAUGGAGCACGUCUCCUGAUUCCACACUAUUUCUCCUGAACUCUCUGGCCUUGGCAACCCCAUGCUCUGGCUGCUGUCCCCGGCUUCCAGCUGUGCACGCCUCUUACAUGUCCGUGCCGUCAGCUCUCAUGCACACGAUACGAAUGGGAGUAACCAAAGACCUUGUGUGCAGCACCUGGAUCCCGCGCCCUGUGUGCUGAGCCUUCAGGGCUGUCUCAGGCCUGUCUUAGAAUCAGAAGAGGAUUCGUCCUGUUUAGAGAGAGCCAGAGGGCGCCACCUGGGAGGUGCUAGCCAGGCCGCCGGCAGCACAGGCAUGGCCCCACUUUCCUUAGUACUGGGAGCAAUUACCAUAAAAUAUGACCGGAAACCUUUUGCACACUGCUCUCUGUCACGUGCAGUACAAUUUCCACAGGGCUGUGGCUCGGCGCACGGUGGUUCCGGGAGAGUGGCCGAGCGCACUGGCCUCCAGCGUGCCUUCUCCCCCUGCAGGCCCCGUCUGCUGGCCAUGCCUAGUGCGCUCAGCCCCGGGUAGCAGAGCUCACGUUCCCACUAGAGCAAGAAAUAAAGGCAAAAAAGAACAUCUUUUUAAAUUCGUAUUGUUUUUGAGAAUUGGUCCCACCUCGGCAAG